GGCUCCGGCGCCGGAAGCGGAGAGGCGACGAAGGAACGUCGCGUCGCCGCGCCAGGUCUCGAGCAGCUGCCAGAGCCGCUGGACGGACCUCCUGCCACGCCAUGGCCGAGAGUGACUGGGACACCGUGACGGUGCUGCGCAAGAAAGGCCCCACGGCCGCACAGGCCAAGUCUAAGCAGGCCAUCUUAGCAGCUCAGAGACGAGGAGAAGAUGUGGAGACAUCCAAGAAAUGGGCUGCUGGCCAGAACAAGCAGCAUUCUAUCACCAAGAACACAGCCAAGCUAGACCGGGAGACAGAGGAACUGCAUCACGACAGGGUGACCCUGGAGGUGGGCAAAGUGAUUCAGCGGGGCCGGCAGAGCAAAGGCCUGACACAGAAGGACCUGGCCACGAAAAUCAAUGAAAAGCCGCAAGUCAUCGCAGACUAUGAAAGUGGACGGGCCAUUCCGAAUAACCAGGUUUUGGGCAAAAUUGAGCGAGCCAUCGGCCUCAAGCUUCGGGGGAAGGACAUCGGGAAGCCUAUUGAGAAGGGGCCGAAGGCGAAAUGAACACAAAGCCUCGAAGCCAGUGGUUCCGGCUGAGCUCUUCUGGCUGGUCCCCAAGGACCACCAGCACUGCCGUGGGUCUCCUCACAUGGUCAAACGGAACACAGGGGUCAGGCCUGUGUGCCCCCUCAACCCAUACCCGCUGUCAAACAAAGCAAAACCUUGCAAAGUGA